CGACAAGUUCCCAAGAAGAAAGGCAAGGAAGCCAGUGGAAGAAGCAGCGGCAGGAUGAAGACGGACUUCAAGUUCUCCAACCUUCUGGGCACCGUCUAUCGCAAGGGAAACCUCGUGUAUACCAGGGAUGGCACAUGUCUGCUCUCGCCAGUGGGAAACCGUGUCUCGGUAUUCGAUCUGGUGAACAACAAAUCCUACACUCUACCCUUCGCACACAGAGUCAACAUCAUUCGGAUAGCGCUUCACCCCAAGGGCCAGCUCCUGCUUACAAUCGAUGAGUCUGGUCAUGCCAUUCUAUCGCACUUCCAGCGCAGGAUCGUGCUAUAUCAUUUCUCGCUCAAGACUGCUGUAUCAGCCCUCACAUUCUCUCCAAGUGGCGACUACUUUGCUGUGGGACUGGGGAGGAAAAUCGAGGUCUGGAAGACUCCAUCCACAGCUGGAGAUGACGAUGGCCUCGAGUUUGCGCCAUUCGUACGCCACCGACAGUAUGUUGGCCAUCAUGAUAUGGUUCACAGCAUUCAAUGGAGCAGCGAUUCACGCUUCUUCCUCUCAGCGAGCAAGGACUUGACUGCGCGAAUAUGGAGCUUGGAUCCCGAAGAAAGCUUUGCCCCUACCGUACUCGCUGGCCAUCGUACUGCUGUGCGCGCAGCAUGGUUCAGCAAGGAUCAAGAAACGAUAUGGACAGUCUCAAAAGAUGGCGCCCUGUUCCAGUGGCAAUAUUUACCUUCGCCAGACGCUGACCCAGACAAAGUGAGCGAAGAGGACGAGCGGUGGCGGAUUAACGACAGGCAUUACUUCUUCCAAGAUCAAGCCCAUCUUACUACUGCGGCGUUCCAUCCAUCAUCGAAUAUACUUGUGACCGGCUUCUCUAACGGACUGUUCAUGCUGCACGAGCUGCCUAGCUUUAGCGAGAUCCACAAACUCUCUAUCUCAGCUUCACAUGUAGACACGGUGUCUAUCAAUGAGACGGGCGAAUGGCUCGCAUUCGGAUCUUCGGCGUUGGGUCAGCUACUCGUCUGGGAAUGGCAGAGCGAGUCAUAUAUCCUCAAGCAACAGGGCCACUUCGACAGCAUGAACGCUCUUACCUACUCGCCUUCCGGAGAUCGCGUGAUCACAUGCGCGGACGACGGUAAGAUCAAAGUAUGGGAUACGACUUCUGGAUUCUGCAUUGUGACAUUCACAGAGCACACGUCAGGCGUUACCGCCUGUGAGUUUGCCAAGCGCGGGAAUGUGCUGUUUACCGCAUCUCUGGACGGAAGUGUGCGCGCAUUUGACUUGAUCAGAUACCGGUGUUUCCGUACCUUUACAGCAUCCAAACGACUGCCGUGGACUUCGAUAGCCGUCGAUCCUAGUGGUGAAGUGGUUGCAGCAGGGUCGACUGAUGACUUUGAUAUCCACAUAUGGAGUGUACAGACGGGACAGCUGCUGGAUCAGUUGACUGGUCAUGAAGGCCCAGUGUCUACACUUGCUUUUGCGCCCAACGGUGGCAAUCUCGUAUCGGGCAGUUGGGAUCACACAGUACGAAUAUGGUCGAUCUUUGGCAGAACACAAACCUCAGAACCGAUACAGCUGCAGGCAGACGUGCUCGCAGUAACUGUCAGACCAGACGGACGUCAAAUCGCUGCGUCAUCUCUGGAUGGUCAACUAACGUUUUGGAGCUUGAGUGAAGCAACACAAGAGGCAGGUCUGGACGGCAGACGAGACGCGAGUGGAGGGCGAAAAGCGACCGAUCGACGUACUGCAGCCAACGUGGCGGGCACCAAAAGCUUCGGCACCAUAGCUUACAGCGGAGAUGGGGCAGUUCUACUGGCUGGCGGGAACAGCAAGUACAUCUGCCUAUACGCCGUGGAGACUGGAGUGUUGCUCCGAAGAUUCACUGUAUCGGUGAACUUGAGCUUGGAAGGCACUCAAGAAUAUCUCAACUCCAAGUUACUGACAGAAGGGGGUCCUAGAGCAUUGCUGGAUGAGCAAGGCGAGGCAUCCGAUCUCGAAGAUCGGAUGGACACGAGUUUGCCAGGUGCGAAACGGGGUGAUGCCUCGCAGAGAAAGAUUGCGGCAGAGGUUCGUGUACCUGGCGUCACAUUUUCGCCAACAGGUCGAGCAUUUUGCGCAGCGAGCACUGAAGGUCUACUGACCUAUUCGCUGGACACGGGCGCUGUAUUUGAUCCUUUCGACCUCGACGUCGAUGUCACGCCAGAGAGCACCAUCGCCACUCUGCGCGAGAAGGAGUGGCUGAAGGCGAUGGUCAUGGCAUUCCGCCUAGGUGACCACAAACUCGUCCGCAAAGUCUAUCGUGGCAUUCCGAUUUCAGACAUUGGCCUUGUCGUGCGCGAUCUUCCACGCGUCUACCUGGACCGUCUACUGCGACUUGUCUCGACAGAGUCCGAUCAGAGUCCACACUUGGAGCUCAACUUGCUAUGGAUGGAGAGCGUGCUCAAUCAACAUGGUCGACUCCUCAAGGAGCGACAAGGCGAGUACGCGGAAGUGGUGAGAAUGAUGCAAAAGGCCAUUGGCAGGGUGCAGGGUGAGAUCAUGAAGGUCGCAGAUCAGAAUGAUCACACACUCGAUUAUCUGCUUGCACAGCCUAGAAGAGAUUCUGGAUCGGACGUGAAGAUGCAAGCCAUCACAAAUGGCAGCGUGGAGGAAGACGAGAGCAUGGCGGAUGGCGACGAAGGCGGAUGGCAAGGCUUGGAAUAAUGUUCAUUGAAGAAAUCGAUGAUGCUCCACGCGUGAUGAGCAUCGCCUCACAGUUGGGUCACUACCUCUUACAUGUAGCCAUACAUCAUGUUGCUUGAACAGCGAGCAGCCAACGAAUGUAGAUAGACUGCCAGUACUAGAUGCUUCACA